CGCGCGCAUGCGCAUCGUGGCGCGAAGCCGGAGCUGGAGCCGGAGCCGAAGCCGAGGGGAUGCGAGGGGUCGCGGGAGCUGGUGGCCCCGUACGGCCGGGCUGACAAGCACACGGAUCGGAUCCAUAUCGGAAAUGUCGGGCCGGGCGGGCGGCCCUUCGCCUGCGGGCAAGAAGCAGGUGCGGUUCGCGCGGCCCUUGCAGCAGCUGGCAGAGGAAGAAGACGAAGAGGAAGAUGCGGCGGCUGAGGAGGAGGCGACGACGCUGUGCCAGAAACGGCCUCCCGCCGGCCUUUCCCUUACCCGGGCCCGACGGGAGCGCGACGACGUCAUGGGACUCGAGCCCCGGGUGAGGGAGGUUCGCGGUGGUCGCUGGGCGGACACCGUGCUGCUGUGUGCCGCCUUCCUCGGGCUGGGGAUGGUCAUUGCUGUUUUGGGGCCUACUUUCAAAGAGCUGGCAAUUAAUGUCAACAGGAAUAUCAGCGACAUCUCCUUCAUCUUUGUGGGCCGUUCGCUGGGCUACGUCGGGGGCUCAUUGGUUGGUGGGCUGCUGUUCGACUACAUGGAUCACCACUUGUUAAUCGGAAUUUCCAUGCUGAUGACUGCGGUGGGACUGUACAUCAUUCCAUGGUCAACGAAGAUACUGCUGUUGAUGGUACUGAUGUCCCUCAUUGGAAUUUCAAUGGGCAUGCUGGACACAGAUUACAGGAAGAAUGAAGACGAGGUUCACGAAGAUGCUGCUUGGAUUGAUCCUGUGCCGUACUGUUGUGGAAAUUUGCUAAUUUUGGUUACAUGGGGCAAGAAUGCUGGAUUGCACAUGCAGGCCCUACAUUUCAGUUUUGCUUUGGGUGCGUUUCUGACUCCAAUCCUGGCAAAGCCAUUGUUGGGCAACAUGCAAAAUAUCAGUGACAGAGCGGAUGACCCAAUAAUCAACACUCAAAUCGGACCAUUGAACACUGUGAAAAUGAUUAUUCAGAGCUUCUCCCCUUUGGUUUGGACAUACCUGAUCAUUGCAAGCUUUGUUCUUUUUGUUUCCUUCUCAUUUUUCAUGAUUUAUUUAAAGUCUAGUCCAAAUCGAGGAAGAACUGAUGUUGCAUCGCAGGAGAUUCCAUUUGCAAGAUACCAUAAUGCAAUUUUGCUGCUUCUCUUUCUCUUCUUCUUCUGGUAUGUUGGGGCAGAAGUGGCCUAUGGAGCCUAUAUUUUUACCUAUGCGAAAGACUUUGUCCUUAUGAGCGACAAUCAAGCUGCAGGUUUAAACUCCUUGUUCUGGGGAACUUUUGCUUUAGUAAGAGGUCUUGCAAUAUUAUUUGCUGCAUGUCUUUACCCUGGAGCUAUGAUACUACUCAGCAUUAUUGGCUGCACCAUUUCCUCCCUGAUUCUUACACUUUAUAACACUAAGCACAUCGCUCUCUGGUUAGGCACUGGCCUUUAUGGGGCCUCAAUGGCCACCACCUUCCCCAGUGGCAUUAUCUGGGUUAAACAGUACACAGAGAUCACUGGAAGGUCGGCUGGUUUAUUUGUUUUUGGAGCUGCAUUAGGUGAGAUGGUUGUUCCAGCUGUAGUUGGCUACCUACAGGGUAUCAGUGCUAUCAACCAUUACCCUAUAUUAAUGCUGACUGCCCUGCUUACCUCCACAAUGACAGCCAUCUUGUUUCCUGUGAUGUACAAGCUGGCCACGUCUCCAAAUGGUGUCAAACCGCAGAGUGAAGAUCAAAAAGCUUUGUUGGGUUCAGGAAUUAAUGAGGAUGAUGACUGUGAUGAUGAUGCUCCUGAGGAAUGGAAUGAUGCAGAUUUUGAAGUCAUUGAAAUGUGUGAUGUAAAGGAUGGCACAGACAAGAAUCCAGUUGGAAAUGCAUCAGGAAAAUCUAAGGAACAGUUCUCUCCAGAACAAAUGUCCUUUUCUUCUGUUCCCUCCCCUCCAUAUCUAGGUUGCUCUCCAAAAAAGAGACUGCUUAACUUGGAAAGAGAAAAAAACGAUUGAAUGUUCAAGGUUUAGACAUGUACAAGACAGCACACAAAAAUUGUAACAAAUCAGAUCAAUUAGGAUACAUAUUUUUAAAUCAUUUUCAUAGAAAAAAUCUGAAGCUAUGAAUGUAUAAAGAAAUUGCUUGUAAUUUUGUGGUUGUCAUUAGGUUAAAUUAACAUGAGUAAAUUUUAUUGUUUUAAUGCUGAAAAGAGUUUUGAAUACUUGCAUGACAGUUUGCUUCUGUGAAAGUUGUGGGAUGUCUUAACCUAUCUCCAGCAGAAGUUGAUUUAAGGACUGGGGUAUCACUGAUAAUCCAGAUGCAAAAACUGUAGAUUUUAAAUAUUAUCUUUGCAAAGAUAACAGGUACUUGUCACAUAUAUAGUAUCAUAUGAGAAAUGUAUUUAAUUUUGGUAGUAGUACGGAUGAAAUAUCUCCAAUAUAUGGCUGUGCAUUUGAGAGGAAGAUGAAUGUAAAAAUGCUGUCAGGGUUGGAAUCUUGAUUUCGAUGAGACCUCUAUCCAUGUAUUUGGAGUGUACUGAAAACUUGUGAAAAAUACUUUGAAGUGAUAUUACUAAAAUUUGCAUAUCACACCCAAUAAAUUUGCCAGGUUGUCAGAAUGUGAAUGUGUUUUUUCAAGCAGUGCAGUAUUGCAGUUACAGUUUUAAUACACUAAUCUGUCUGUAUUUUAACAAGCACGAGAAAAUCUGUGGAUGCUGGAAAUUCAAGGC